AGCAGCUAGCACCCUCGCACCGCCCAUGCGCCACGCCCUCUGGCCCUCCCUGGCUCCAUAUUGCAGGAAAGCGGGCUAGGGUGUGACGCUGCUUUCUUGUUCAGAAUGUCAUACCCAGGCUAUCCCCCAACAGGCUACCCGCCUUUCCCUGGAUAUCCUCCUGCAGGUCAGGAGUCAUCUUUUCCCACUACGGGUCAGUAUCCAUACCCUAGUGGCUUUCCACCAAUGGGAGGAGGUGCUUACCCACCAGCACCAAGUGGUGGCUACCCAGGAGCUGGAGGCUACCCUGCACCUGGAGGUUAUCCAGCCCCUGGGGGCUAUCCUGGAGCCCUAAGUCCAGGGGGUCCUCCAGCCUACCCUGGAGGCCCAGGCUUUGGGGCCCCACCCGGUGGAGCAGGCUUUUCUGGCUAUCCACAGCCACCUGCACAGUCUUAUGGUGGCGGACCAGCCCAGGUCCCAGUACCAGGUGGCUUUCCUGGAGGACAGAUGCCGUCUCAGUACCCUGGAGGACAAGGUCCCUACCCGAGUCAGAUCAAUACAGAAUCCUUUUCUUCCUAUCCUGCUUUCUCCCCUGUUUCUUUGGAUUAUAGCAGUGAUCCUGCUGCGAUGAUUCAGGGCACCCAAGGAACAAUCCGCCCAGCCUCCAACUUUGAUGCUAUGAGAGAUGCAGAAAUUCUCCGAAAAGCAAUGAAAGGGUUUGGGACAGACGAGCAAGCAAUUGUGGAUGUUGUGUCUAAUCGUUCCAAUGACCAGAGGCAACAAAUCAAAGCAGCUUUUAAGACCAUGUAUGGCAAGGAUUUAAUUAAAGAUCUCAAGUCAGAAUUGAGUGGGAAUAUGGAAGAAUUAAUCCUUGCCCUGUUCAUGCCUUCUACAUACUAUGAUGCCUGGAGCUUACGGAAGGCAAUGCAGGGAGCAGGAACUCAAGAACGUGUAUUGAUAGAGAUUUUGUGCACAAGAACAAAUCAAGAAAUUCGAGACAUUGUUAGAUGUUAUCAAUUAGAAUUUGGACGAGACCUUGAGAAGGACAUUAGGUCAGAUACCUCAGGACAUUUUGAACGUCUCCUCGUGUCCAUGUGCCAGGGAAACCGUGACGAGAGCCAGAGUGUGAACCACCAGAUGGCCCAGGAGGACGCUCAGCGUCUCUAUCAGGCUGGGGAGGGGAGGCUGGGAACAGAUGAAUCCUGUUUCAACAUGAUUCUCGCUACAAGAAGCUUCCCUCAGCUGAAGGCCACCAUGGAGGCUUAUUCCAGGAUGGCUAAUCGAGAUUUGCUAAGCAGUGUAAGCCGAGAAUUUUCUGGAUACGUUGAAAGUGGUUUGAAGACCAUCUUGCAGUGUGCCCUCAACCGCCCUGCCUUCUUUGCUGAGCGACUCUACUACUCCAUGAAAGGCGCUGGCACGGACGACUCCACCCUGGUCAGGAUUGUGGUCACUCGAAGUGAGAUUGACCUUGUUCAGAUAAAACAGAUGUUCACCCAGAUGUAUCAGAAGACCCUAAGCACAAUGAUUGCAAGUGACACGAGUGGAGAUUACAGGAAGCUGCUCCUGGCCAUUGUUGGCCAGUGAGAAGGGUCCUUUUUCCCUUUAAGGAAUGAAGCUCUUCAGGGCCUAUCCUUCCAUGCAACGAGACCUGCAUGCAGCCAUGUCAGAUACCACCUGACCAGAGUAGUUUUCCACUGAGGACUGUCAAGGGGUGUGCUGGGUUUGCACAUGUUACUGCCUUAAUUCUAAUGUUAUUUUUUUUUCUGUAUCCAAUCAGUGUAAAAGCCAUAUCAAUGACGUAGUAAUGUAAUAUUUGUAAAGCUUUGCUCUCACUGCUUUUAUUUUAAUCCAGAUUUCAAAUUGAAUAAAAGUCACAGCAAUCUCUAAUUUUUUGUGUAAUGUUAAAAGAAUGAGAGAAUGAGAACGGAGUUUGUUAAAACACGCUGUUCUGGUUUGAUCACAGAGUGUGAUUUUCAGCUCAGGAAUAAGCCACAGUAACUCAGGUGGAUGGCUGAAGUUUCCUGGUACAAGUGGAAUAAAACCCACUCUCAGCUAGUAGUAGUGUAGGACUGACAGGCCGUGUGGUGCCCACCUAAGUAACAGUCUAUGCAAGCACGAUCUUAACUCUGGAGGCUCUGGAGACUUCAGUGGUGUUCUUGAGACCCCUUUGCAUCCCAGGGCCAGCUGGUGCCAGCUGUUAGUAAUGAAUCCCACUGUGUGGUGGGAGUGCCUUGUGGACCACCACACACCUCUGACAGUGACGUCCUGUGCAAGGCUGGCCCUCUAAGCCACAGAGACCCUGGAUGUUACAUUAUCAUGGUAACCAAAAUGCUCCUGAGGCCAUCAGGAGCUUAACUGGCAGCUCAGGAAAGAUGCCUCCUCCUCCUCCUCCUCCACUUCCUCUUCCUCCCCCUCCUCCUCCACAGCCCAGGCCCGUGAGUAACCUGAUUACUUUUGUGUUUCUACCCAGUUCCCAUGGAUGAGGACAAAAGCAAGCCCCUUCCUGCAUUUAAUUGUCACAGGGAAGAUCACUUAUAAAAGCCUCUGUCUCCUAUCUUUUACAAACAGACUCUAUGUGCACGAGCGUUUGCCUGCAGACAUGCAUAUGCACCCAACCACUUGCAUGCCUAUUUUUCUCUCAGAGACCAGGAGAGGGUGUUGGAAACCCUAAAAUGGAAGCUAUAGAUGCUUGUAAACUAUUCUGUGAGUGCUGGUAUCUGAACCCAGGUACUCUGUGCUUAGUUUAUUAGAGUAGAAAAGUAAAAAGCUAUAGU